CAGACAGGAUUCCUAAAUAUCAAGUCGGGGGUUGCAUUUUCUUCACUAAUCCACCUUCUCUCAUCCAUCAUGGAGCGUCGAAUUACUUUCUUUGUUUUCGUUUUAUUGGGGAAUGUCGCAAAUGGUGACGUGAGCUUUUCGUUUCAAGAGGAAAUGAAGCGUGGAUCUGUUAUUGGAAACAUAGCGAAGCAUCUGAGUCUGGAUUUGCGUAAACUAUCAUUUAGAAAUGCUCGCGUGGAUGCGACAGGAAACCGCAAACAUUACUGUGAUGUAAACGUGAGCACUGGAGAUCUAAUAGUGGCCGAGAGGAUUGACCGAGAGGAGCUUUGUGGAGAAAAACUGUCGUGUGUGAUCAAACGGGAUCUUGUUCUGGAAAAUCCUCUUGAACUGCACCCUUUUAAUCUCCAUAUUCAGGAUAUUAAUGACAAUUCUCCGCUAUUUAAUGAAGCGUCUUUUAAAAUAGAAAUUCAGGAGUCGGCAAGUAAAGGAGCUCGGUUUGUGAUCGAGGAGGCGCAUGAUGCGGACGUAGGACAGAAUGCAGUUCAGGAGUACAGCCUCGAACGUAACGAUCAUUUUAUUUUGGAUUCUGGUGGAAAUAAGAUAGAGCUUGUUCUAGAUAAGGAGCUUGAUCGUGAAAAGCGGAAGGAAGUAAAUUUAUUGCUGACAGCUUUAGAUGGAGGAUCUCCUCAGAGAUCAGGAACUGCGGUUAUUCAUGUCAUUGUGCUGGAUGCUAAUGAUAACGCCCCAGUGUUCAGUCAGGAGGUUUAUAAAGCCAGUCUGCCUGAAGACUCUCCUUUAGACACUCUAGUGGUCACAGUUAGUGCAGCUGAUGCUGAUGAGGGACUGAAUGGAGAUGUGACUUAUGAUUUUGGUCACGUGUCUGAGGAUGUAAAGAAAGUUUUUCAAAUUGACCAUAAAAAUGGUCAAAUAAAACUUAUUAGUGCAAUCGAUUUUGAAACUGUUACAUCAUAUGAUUUACGCAUUAAAGCGAAGGAUGGAUUAGGAUUGUCAACAUACACAAAAGUUACCAUAGAUGUCAUUGAUGUCAAUGAUAACAUCCCUGUAAUCUACAUCAAGUCUCUAACUAACCCAGUGCCAGAAAGUGUGCCACCAGGAACAGAUGUAGGAAUUAUCAAUGUGCAGGAUGCAGAUUCUGAUAAUAAUCAACAGAUCCGUUGCACUGUACAUGGAAAUGUUCCUUUUAAGUUGGUUCCUUCUAUCAAAAACUAUUAUUCUCUGGUGACCACAGGACAGCUGGACCGUGAACUAGUGUCUGAUUACAACAUUACAAUCAGUGCCACUGACGAGGGCUCUCCACCUCUGUCCUCCUCUAAAACUGUUCAGUUAUCUGUAGCUGACAUCAACGACAACCCACCUGUGUUUGAGGAGCAGUCCUACAGCGCUUAUGUGAGUGAAAAUAACAAACCUGGCUCCACUUUAUGUUCCGUUAGUGCUCGAGACCCGGACUGGAGACAAAACGGUACCGUGAUUUAUUCUCUGUUACCUGCUGAGGUGAACGGUGCUUCGGUGUCCUCCUAUCUAUCAGUUAACGGAGACACGGGGGUGAUCCACGCUGUCAGGUCGUUUGAUUAUGAACAGCUGAGGAGUUUUAAAGUCCACGUGAUGGCCAGAGACAACGGUUCUCCUCCUCUCAGCAGCAACGUGACCGUGAGUGUGUUCGUAUCAGAUGUGAAUGACAACUCUCCUCAGAUACUGUACCCCGCCCCGGAGGGCAGCUCCUUCAUGACCGAGCUGGUCCCCAAAGCUGCACACGGAGGCUCUCUGGUGUCCAAAGUGAUAGCGGUGGACGCGGACUCUGGACAGAACGCCUGGCUGUCCUAUCAGAUAGUCAGAUCCACUGAUCCGGGACUUUUCACUAUCGGUGUGCACAGCGGAGAGAUCAGGACGCAGCGGGACAUUUCUGAAUCUGACAGCAUGAAACAGAACCUGAUUGUAGCAGUGAAAGAUAACGGACAGCCCUCUCUGUCUGCCACCUGUGCCAUGUAUUUACUGAUUUCUGAUAACUUGGCUGAGGUGCCAGAGCUGAAAGAUAUUUCUUAUGAUGACAAGAACUCCAAACUGACCUCGUAUCUGAUCAUUGCGCUGGUGUGUGUGUCCACCUUCUUCCUGACCUUCAUCAUCAUCGUCCUGGGUGUGAGGUUUUGUCGCAGGAGAAAGCCCAGACUGUUGUUUGAUGGAGCAGUGGCCAUUCCCGGAGCUUAUCUCCCUCCUAAUUACGCAGAUGUUGAUGGAACAGGAACUUUACGCAGCUCCUACAACUAUGACGCCUACCUGACAACAGGAUCUAGAACCAGUGACUUUAAGUUUGUGUCAUCUUACAAUGACAACACGCUGCCUGCUGACCAGACUCUGAAGAAAAGUCCCUCUGAGUUUGCUGAUGUGUUUGGAAGUUGUGAUUCUUCCCCUGAGGUAAGAAUAGGUCAGAUGUUACCCAUGUGAGCUUUGUCGUGAAAGAAAACAGGAACUUGUUGUGCUGUUUCAAUAUCACUUAAGCUUUGUGUGUGUGUGUGUGUGUGUGUGUGUGUGUGUGUGUGUUUGUGUGUGUGUGUGUUUGAGUGUUUGUGUGUUUGUGUUUGUGUGUGUGGAUGGGUGGGGUGUCAAAUAUACAAAUUGAAGUUAAGAAAUUUCUAUUGUAAGUGCUUACAGCUGUUUUUGGAAUGCUGGGUCUACAUUCCACACAAAAAAAAAACAUUAGUAAUGACACCUUUGUCCACCGUGGUUUCAAAUUCUGGUUCUAAUUGAAGGAGGGAGGAUUGAGUUAAUGAACUAACUGAAAGCCUGGCUUGUGGUGUUAGAGGUAGAGGAAGAAUAGUAGAUGGCCAAGCCCUGACCACUGAUGAAUCUUAGCAGAGACUUUCGGUGAACAUAGUCUGGAGCGUCCAAUGAAGAUGUAGAGUGUUUGAUUCAUGAUGCAUUUAGUAAGAAGAAGGUUUCAUUUGGAUAAGCAAAUUGAGCAUUUUUGAUAUUUUUGGUUGAGAAGUUAUUUCAAGUAAGGUUUGGCCUUUCCAUAUUUGCAUUGAUGAGUAUGAAGAGAAAUCUUGCUUUUCAUCUUGGUGGGGAUGGCAAUAUAAAUGUGCAUAUUGUCCUCAAUCAUUGGCCCUGUAUUCAGGAUCUUUGGCAGAUAUUGUGAAAAUUUUAGAACCUCUGAAGUGUCAGCUACCCAAAAGAAGAGCCAUGUACUAUGUAGAGGUGUUUAGCUGCAGGUGACUGUGGCACAUACAAGCCUUUUACUCUUCCAGAGAUAUCACAAGAUGAAGUAAAGAUGAUCAGAAUGACAAACACAUGCAGAUGAGCUAGAAACUGCAGCAAUUGUUUAGAUAUGCAGCUGUGUGCCACCAAUAUAACAAUGAAGAGAGAGAGUCUUCAAUGACUUAUAACAUGGCUGAUAGGAGAAGAGGUAGAAGAUGAAGAGAACAGGGCCAUGAACUGAACUCUGAUGGAUCCCACCAGUAACCGUGGGUGAACCUGAUCAGAAGUCUCAAACUGAGAGGUAUUGCAUUUGAUUUGAAGUAUUAACCAACUGAGGACUGUGUCUGAGUCUAAUGAUGUGGUGAAGCCACUUUAGGAGGAUUCUAUGAUCAGUUGCAGACAGAUCAAGGAGAAAGAGAAGAGAGCAACAGCCAGUAUCUGUAGACAUUUAGAGGCCACUUGUGACUCUUGCUCAAGCUGUUUCAGUGCUGUUGCCAGAACAGAACCUGGGGCCUCAUUUAUAAACCAAACUUGUGCACCGAUCUGUGCGUAUUUCAUGUGUAGAACUAAUUUAUGCAUUGUGUGGUAUUCAUCAUUUUGUAAUGUUCCUAAAUAUAAGAAACUUCAGACAUGCUGAGGAACAGCAUCUAGUGGUAGAACGGAGGAACAGCAACACUAAAGGUCUCAGUCAUCUACACGUUCCUCAUCCACAAAUUAUUUUACCCAAUAAGAUGUGUCACAUAGUUGGUGCCAAACCCCCCACAUGGGAAUUUGACAUUGUAGAAUGAAUUUCAUGUUUUUGAUCACAAUUGUUACUCUUCCCAUUUUUAUGAUGAUCUUAAUUGUUUUUAAUUAAUGAAAGGCAGAAGAGCAGGCAACAGUUGAAAAAAUAAAAAUGUUUUAAUUGUAGAAACGGGAGCGACAGGACAAACGAACAUGCACAAAAUGACAAUGAUCCAACGAAGACAGCAACAAGGAGGGAGGUAUAAAUACACAAGGGAAUCAGGAACACAUGGGCAGAGUAAUGAGGGACAGGUGAGAACAAUAAGGCUAAUCAAGGCAGGAGAGACACAGUCAGGGAGGCCGGGGUGGAUCAUGACAGAUACCAGAAAUGGAUGUGUGAUUUAAUAAGAUGUGUGGAUAAUGAGUGGAUUUAUUGACUACUGGUCUCAUCAUGGCAUUUUAUGGCUGGAGGAACAUGACCAGUUUGCUCGGAGUGCUUCACACUCAAAGUAAUGAUGGAACAGACGCGUCUUCACCAAGGACUGGGUCCAGGAAGCAAGCAGAAGAUUUCCUUUCUAAUAAAGCCUAUUUAUUGCUUCCAGUGGUACUUUAGUUCAGAAUGUAUUUUAGGACAGGUGGAGUCUGAACAAUCUGUUUGUAGGGAAGCCAGUCGAAACAGAGGAAAUAGAUAAUGUAAGAUGUAGAGAAAGCAAAUAUAUAAUCACACUUUUGUUCAGUGGAGGCUGUGGAUGGUAGAGAUUGGAGUUUAACAAGAUAGUUAGCUAAUCUAACAGUUAGCUUCUACUAGCCGAGAUAUUCUCUGCUGUUUCCUAGAUGCUAAACCAACAGCAGCUUUCCGCGUUGCAAGUCAUGAUGGGUGAGUCCAUGAAUGUUAGUGACAGUGUUACAGAGAUCUGUCAGGUUUUUCAAAUCCUAGAGUUUCACUGUCUAAUUUUUAUCAGUGAGAGGCCUCCUUUAACCGGGGAAGCAAACAAUGUGUGUUUCAUCAACAUAUUCUCAGACCCGAAGCGUCCAAACAUGAUGUUGAGGGACCAAGCAUUUGUUUUCGAUGCAUUAGGAGCAUCAGGAGGCGUCAGUUUCCGACACCUGCGAUAACAUUUCACUGACAUUUAACCUCUAACCUCUUGCUAUUUAACCUUCCCCUCACCCCCAAACUAACCAUGACCUUGUUUCUCAUUCUAAACUUCCUGUUAACAAUGUUUGAGAGGGAUGUUACAACUAGAAACUAAGUUUUGCAUGCACAAGUGGGUUAAGCUUAGGAUGGGGGAGAGGGGAAGAUUAAAUAGCUAAAGGGUAAAGGUCAGAAUUCGGUAACAUCUCCAUUUUGUCGUGGAAUUUGGAAAGUGACGCUCUGGCACAGCUCCCAAAACAAACGCUUGGUCACCCGUCAUCAUUUUUUGACACUUUGAGUGUGAGAAUGUGUUGGUUUCAUGGGGGCAUUCACAUCAACAAGGCUACUGUGGGUGAGGUAUUAGUUCACUGCUUCAUCAGCUUUAGGAAAGAUAGGUUGAGAAAAGGUUGGAGUUCUGCUCCAAUCAUAUGAGGAUUUGGAUAUUUCUAAAAGAAAUACUUAGCAUUUAGACCUAAUGAGACGAGAUGAAAAUAAUACACAUUCAUGGGAACCACUUUAUGAGAGGACACAACCAGAUCACAAACAAGCUGAGGAGUGGAGCAGAGUUUGUGAUGAGCAGAUCUAUAGUGUACUCCUUGUUGUAUGUAUAGCUACUGAAAAGCUGCUUUAAAUGGAAACAGUCCAAUAACUCAGGGAAUUUCGCUGCACUGUGAUGGGAAUUUCGCUGCACUGUGAUGAGAGCGUGUGGGAAUAUGAAUGUUCAUGUCUCCCAGGAUUAGGAUAUUUGCAUGGGGUCGCAGAUGGUUGUAUAUCUGACGAAUCAGCGUUGUUGUUGAGGGUGAAGAUUAUUCUUCCUGAAGGAAAAUGAUGGAAAACAUGAACUCAUUUUUGACAAAAGCUUUUUUGCCUUUUAUUCUACUGUGCUUCAUUUUUAAUCAUUUGAAGAAAAAAAAAAUAUAUAUAUAUUUCUGUGUUAAACGUUUGGAUUGUUUCUUUUUCAUUGCUUCCUCAUCAAAUCAGUGGUAUUUGUUACAGUGAUUUAGACAUUUAAAUGAGACAUCAGAUUAAAUUAUCACACAAAAAAUCCAUGCCAAAAGAGGCAUACAUAUUCUUUGGUAAUGUAAAUUCAAGCAAAUCAGCAAAUGUAUCAGGGGAGAUGGCUUGUUUAAACUCACAAUUUAAAACUAUGUGGUUUGGGCUGGACUGGACCAUGAACUCAAGAGCCAAAGAUGUUUAAAAGAAGUAAAAAGCAUGCUACAUCUUCAUUUACUAUUGUGUCUGUUAUUUGUGGUGAUCCAUUGCAGCCUAGGCAUUUCUCUGAAAGUUUACCUGCACAGUUGUGCCCUUGAUUUGUCUGAAGUCUCAUCUGUUGAUUGAAAUAAUAAUUUAAAAUGAAGAAACUAAAAUGGCUUCAUAGAACCUUUAAAGCACUUUUGAACAGUCUUGAAAUAUUAUUUAAUCCAAACAGAUACCCUUCAGGACAUAGCUCUGCCCUUUCCAUAAUCCAAAGUGUGCCUCCCACUUAUUGUAUUUGGGUUAUUUAACUUUUUGAUUUAUAUAUGUUGUUGGUUAUUUUGGGUGUUUAAAUGUUAAGUUAAAACUGUGCAGGAGUCCAGCUGCAGUGUUACAGGAGGGGGUGGCAACAUGAAUGUUCAUGUCCCCCAGAAUUAGGAUUAUUUUU